AGUGAAUGGCAAUUGAAUGCCGUGGCCUCGCAGGAAGAAAAGAAUAAUAAAAAAGAAAAAAAAGAAGAAGAAAAGAAUAAGAAGAAUAAAAAAGAAAAAGAGAAUAAGAAAAAGAAAAAGAAACAGAAACAACGGAAAGAUAAGAAAAAAGAAGAAAAGAGAAAAGAACCACUAAAGACAGAGGCGAAUACAGGAAAGCAGCAGACAUCAAAUGAAGAAGAGUCUAAUACACCCAAAGAAAGUAAAAUAUCCAAAUUCCCUUUAUUUAAAUGGAUGAGCAGAGAACUGGGAAAGUUUAAAGAAAGACGACAACGGCGUAAACAAGCUGCACAGACAUUAACAACACCAUAUUCGCCUAAGGAAGAGAGAAAGUCUGCAGAAGUCGCAGGGAAUUAUAAAGAUGAGAAACGAGGGAGUACGUAUAGAUAUCCCGAAUCUUGGCGUCUCUAG